GCUCUGGAAGCCGGGUGAUGGCCACUGCAGCAAGGAGUCCAAGCGAGAAGAGGCCUGGGGGGAAGGCCAUGCCCGGACGCUUCCUCUCCCAGUUGGCAGCCGCACUGGACAAUCCAACCAUCAAGGCGCUGGAGUGGGACGGGGACGGGCAAGGAGUGGUCGUGCACCCCAAGCUGUACGACGAAGAGGGGCAGAAGCACAAAGAGCUCUUUCCGGAGCUGAAAGCCCUGCGAUCUGUCUCCGUGCUCCAGGCGUGGCUGCUGACCGCCGGCUUUAAAGCAAAGGCAGCGAAGGCUGAUUCUGCAGUACACGUUUUCCAGCACGCCGACUUCAGGAAGCUGCCUCCCAAGGCUGGGGAGGUGGACAGUCCCCUCACUACCAGGCAGCACAAGAAAGCCAAGAAAAGGAAAAGCUCGUCAGACCUCGCUGCCAGCCCGGCAGCGGCUCUGCCCCCGGACACACUGCGCACGGACAGGAGACCACAGCGCCUGCGACCCUUAUACCAGUACAUAAACUAUGACAACCCGGAGCUGAACAGCCCUUCGGAGGACGAGAGCGACACACCAGAGACAGCUGCACUGGAGGAGGCUGCUGGAGCCCCAGACAAGGCAAACAUUGAGGAGGCAGAGGGGUCUCACCAAGCAGGAACAAAAAGCGAUAAUGCAGAAAGUUGCUCCCCAGGAACUCCGCCCCAGGCAGAGGUCGACAAGUCAACACAAGUCGACAUCGACAAGAUGCUGAGUGUCUGUGCAGCUCACCUGGUACCACCGCUCUCACCGCAGUAUAAAUAAUCACCCAGAUUUCCAUUUCCUGCCUUGUCCAUUUAGCAUAAAAGAAACCUGGGACAGAGCAUGUUGACUUUCUGCCUUCUUAAAACUCUGCGGUGAACCCUUCAGAUAGCCUGGCCUUUUGCCGGGCGUUCCUGGUAAAAGCCACUGUCUUUAUAAUGAGCGACUGCAUCUCCCAGACGCUGCUCAUCAUGGCAUUAACCUUUGUGCCUUUCUCACUCAUUCAUGAA